UUUCUUCUUACUAGCGGUCCUAAGUUUGAGAAAAGCCUCAACUCGUAAAAAUGGAAUAUAUAAAGAGGAAUUUUCUAGAUACGCGCUUUCGCACAUAACUUUCCUUCAACCCAAACAACAACAAGAAAAAUCUCCAGUCCCACCUAUAUUCUUCCAGAAUCUUUCUCUUCUAUAAAUCGGAAAAUCCCCAAUUCCUUGGGACCAUAAAAAUUGGCGUACUCUAAUUUCGCGGCAAACAAACAAUCAAUUAGAACUUUUCCGAUCAAAAGCCCCAAAUAAGCUUUCAGAUAUACAUACAUAUCAAACAGCAAUCGAGGAAGAGAUUUGUGGGGGAAUCACGCGAUGUGUUUGGUGUUCGUGUGCGACGAGGACGAGCGAGUUCUGUCGAGGCAAGUGGCGCCGGGGGCGUGUCCCUACUGCGGAGGGAUGAUUCAGGCCAUGGACGUGGAGAGCCAGUGGAGGUUCUGUUUCCUUCCUCUUUACUGGAAAACCAAGCGCAAGUUCUAUUGCUCUGUCUGUGCUAGACGCUUGGUUCUUCAAUAUUGAUCAUCUAAAGUCUAAACUGAGUUUUUGGUUUUUUUUUUUUUGGUUUUUUGUUUUUUUGCUAUUAAUUUCUGGUUUUAGUGACGUUGUUUGUAUAUAAUUAUACUCUAGCGAGUUGUUGUGAUGGAAGGAUUUUUUUUUGGUUCUACAGUGUUGUAAUAGAAGUGUUUUAACUUUUGGUCUGGAUUGUUGAAAUUUCUGCAUUUUCAUUGCAGAUUUCAAGCCAAAGCUAGUACUCUGUAAUAUUGUAAGAAAUAUCAGCUUAAGUUCUUCCA